CGGAGGGGGAGUCUGACAGCGGCUUCACCAGCGGUCGGGAUGAAUAUCCUUCCUAAGAAGUCGUGGCACGUGAGGAAUAAGGAUAAUGUGGCCCGGGUGCGACGGGACGAGGCGGAGGCCGAAGCGCAGCGGCAAAAGAGAGAGGCUCGCGUCUUGCUUGCCGAACAGGAGGCCCGGACUGAGUUCCUGCGCAAGAAAGCACGCCUGUCAGCUCCAGGGGCUGCUGAUAGCAACUUGGAUCUCCUCUCCUUAAGCUCAGAAGAGGCCUCACACCAUUUGAACCUCUUUCAAGAGUCGCAAAGAAGUGGCAACAAAGAAUAUGCAGAAGAAAAGAGGCAAGAGAAGGAGCGGCAGGAAAAAGCACUGGGUAUCCUCACUUACUUGGGCCAGAGUGCAGCAGAGGCUCAGACAAGUCUUCCCUGGUACCAGGAGCUGCCAGGUCGGAGCAAGGCCAUGGCCAAGGAUGAGAAGCUGAAAGGGAAGCUGGACCCGCUGGUCGAGAUGGAAAGGCAUCUGCGGAAGAAGAAAGGCUCCCAUAAGAAAGAGGAGAAGAAAGAAAAAGCAGCGUGGAAGCAAAGGGAAAGCAAAGGAAACUUGGCAGCUAGUUCCAACUCUUCAUCUGCACUGUCAUCUUUGGAGAAGCUGCGCCAGGAGCGGUUGCACCGUGAAAAGGCAGAACGAGCACGUGCAGCAUCUCUUCUGGCCCAGAAGGCAGGAAUACUCCAGCCCAAGGAGGAGGAAGAGGAAAUGGAUGAAAGGAAACGAGGUUACAACUCCCAGUUUCACCCCCAGCUGGCGAGGAAGAGGAUCCAGGAGCCUCAGUGAGAGAAACCCUGCCAGUGACUGCAUCAAGUGUGUCACGGAGACACAGGCAGCAGGGCCAGAAGAGUGUGCGCUCCUCCUCCUGCACUCCGGAGCAUCACGGUGUGGAGAAAAACGAGCCGAGUUGCUUUAGCUGAAGCUGGCCAGUGUACUUUAUUCUUAGUAAGCGCAACAUAUCCCUGUAUGGUCGGCUCUGCGCUAUUUGCAGAAAGGCUGAAGAAAAUGUCAGAACUCCAACUCUAUAUACUCACCUUACCGUUCUCUGUGGCACACAUGCCUUGCCGAAGCUCAAAAUAACCUUUUCUACAACUUGGCUGGGACUGCAGCAGUGAACAUCAAGGUUUUAGCAGGCUGCAUACCAUACCGACAGCCUCAUUCUUCCCCAGAAGUGUCCCUGUCUCCAUUCUUCAUAGCCUUCUUCAAGGAAAUAUUUAAAAAAACUAGAUUUGUUCUGCAGCACGUGGGUGCUUUUAAAUUUGGUUAUGCAACAGAACUGGUGCCUCUUUUAGAGGCGUUUUUAGAGCCUUCUGCCCUGGAAUAAUAGAGGCAGGAACGAAGUAGAAACAGUUUAUCUCUCCUCUCAGCAGGAAGGUCCAGAUGAGACCGGAAAUGGAACAGCCUGCCACUGCUCAAAAGCAUUUAUACAAUAUACUUUCUGUAUGAUACUGGCGAAUGCAGAUGGACCUCCAUGGAAGACAGAAGUGUUGGAUGCCAGAGCUGGGAGCUUCCUUAAAGAAACGGGAGAGAAGAGCAGCCGCGUCUCUUUGCCAUUUGCCUGCCUUGCUGCUGCUAUGACUGAGUACCUCCCUCCUUUCCAGAGGGCUGUUCUGCUCAUAAAAAAGGGAGAACAAGAAGGAUUUCCGCCUUUUCUUUGAGUUGCUCGUUUCUGUUGGUAAUGAGGCAGAGGGAUAAGCAGUGCAGUCCAGGAUCAUGGUUACAAACUCAUUUGCCGUUUGUGUAUAUUAAUGUCAUAGAAAAGAAGGGGCAGUAUCUGAGGGAUAUAUCUGAAGGAGGGAUAUGAUGAGGUAAGGCGUCUGGAAAAAAGGCAAAAAGCAUGGAAGACCCUGCUAAUGAAUCAAAUUAUGUAAAUCCUGCUUUAUGAUGGGAGUUGUCUUUCCAACAUGUCUAGAGAGCAACCAAUCUCUUACCUAUGGGGGCAGGUGCCGCGUCAAUAGUUGAGAGCUAAACCCCACAGAGGAAGUUUUGUGCUCUCAAACAGCUUGACAUGCUAAAUACUCUCAUCCAGAUCACAGCAAACCGCUACCCUCCCUCCCUCAGCAUUAUAUUCUACUAGGUGCCAAUGAUCCUGGAGUUCCCACUCAUCUGCAUGUUCCAUGGUUUUGGGUACCAGAAAGCAAGAUUAGUCAAUAGCAACAGCUUGUCCUUUUGUUUGGGAUUCUCCUUCCAAGCCUUAAGCCUGGAAGUAACUUUCACUGGGUAGGGUUUAUCCCUUUGAACUUGGCAAAAAAUGGAGUACCUCUCCAUAGAAGAACAGGGUUGUAAGGAUAUCCAAGUUUGUUUGAAGUACAAAAAAGGGCCCCAUGAUCACUUUCCAUCCAGACCUUUGAAAAAGCCCUUUUUAGCCCUUGAUGUCUGCCUGGCGCCCUCAUUAUAAGGUUAAGACCAUUUUAUUUAAUCAAUAUUUUAAAAUGUUUUAAUAUUGAAUGUUAUUGUAUUUU